GACUCCCAACACUCCAAAACCACCCCCAAACAGCAUCACUUGUUCCAGAUACCCUCCUUCACACUUGUUCCAUGUCUUCUCCUUAAUCUCCUCAACUCCCCCUAAACCCUGUUGGCUUCAUUCAUUCAUGGCUUCCUCCUCCUCCUCAUCCACCCUUGUCCUCUCAACCCUCUUCUCCUCCCUCCCUCACCCAACCACCAAACUCCCCUUCUCCUCAUUCCCCACUUCCCCAAUUCUCCCCAAGCUCACCCUCUCUUCUUCAAAGCCUCUGAAAUCCAACACCAUUCAGAGCAGUCGGGUUCACCUGUUGAGGAGGUUUCGAGCCUACACGACCAUCAGAGAUGCUGAGAAGGAGGAAGAGGAGCGGGCAUUUGUGGGCGAAGACUCGGCGGAGUUUCUGUUGUCCAAGCAGAAGCUGUCUUCCUGGCUUUAUUUCACUGCUGUUCUUGGGACUGUGCUGUUUGUGCUCAACGUGGUUUGGAUUGAUAACUCCACCGGGUUUGGGAAGCCCUUCAUUGACGCGGUUUCGAGGCUUUCUGAUAGCCAUGAGGUUGUAAUGUUGCUCUUGAUUCUUAUAUUUGCCAUAGUCCAUAGUGGUCUGGCCAGCCUACGAGACGCUGGCGAGAAGCUUAUUGGAGAACGUGCUUUCCGGGUUUUGUUUGCAGGGACAUCUUUACCAUUGGCUGUUAGCACUGUUGUAUAUUUCAUUAACCACAGAUAUGACGGAGUACAGUUAUGGCAACUGAAGGAUGUAUUUGGUGUACAUGAAUUAGUGUGGCUGUCUAAUUUUGUUUCCUUCCUCUUCCUUUAUCCAUCGACUUUCAAUCUACUAGAGGUUGCAGCUGUUGACAAGCCCAAAAUGCAUCUUUGGGAAACUGGGAUUAUGAGAAUCACCAGGCAUCCACAGCUUGUAGGCCAGGUCGUUUGGUGCUUGGCUCACACACUUUGGAUUGGAAACUCAGUGACAGUGGCAGCUUCUAUUGGUUUAAUUGGUCACCACCUCUUUGGUGCUUGGAAUGGUGACAGAAGAUUAACUAUAAGAUAUGGGGAUAACUUUGAAGUUGUGAGAAAGCGAACAAGUAUUGUGCCUUUUGCAGCCAUUAUAGAUGGCCGUCAAAAGUUGCCAAAAGAUUACUACAAGGAAUUCAUCCGGCUGCCAUAUUUUGCGAUCACUGCAUUGACGCUAGGUGCAUACUUUGGACACCCCCUUAUGCAGACAGCCAGUUUUGGUCUCCAUUGGUAGGAAUAGAUAGAGAAACAUUAACAAAUGCCAGAGAGUAAUUGUAUAUAGAUUCUGUAUGUGAGAACAUUGAAGUUCCUCCCCAUGUUGUGAGCCUAAGGGUUCAUUAAGGAAAUGUUUUGUCUCACUCAUAAAGGAAGGUAUAAAAUUGAUGUUGAUGAACCGAUAGUUACCUUAGUUUUCAUGUAAAGAUUACAACUGGAGUUCAUGUUGUAUGGUGGAUUCUGUUAGC